AAUGUCAACAGCCUUUCCAGGACUGGUCCACGAUGCGGAGAUACGUCACGACGGAUCAAACAGCUACCGCUUGAUGCAACUCGGAUGCCUGGAAUCAGUGGCCAACUCGUCUGUCGCCUAUUCCUCCUCGUCUCCGCUCACAUACCCCGCUGCGGGGACAGAGUUUGCGUCCCCGUACUUCUCCACAAACCAUCAGUACACGCCACUCCACCACCAGUCCUUCCACUAUGAGUUCCAGCACAGUCACCCGGCGGUCACCCCCGACGCCUACUCCCUGAACUCCCUGCACCACUCCCAGCAGUACUACCAGCAGAUCCACCACGGAGAGCCCGCAGAUUUCAUAAACCUGCACAACGCCAGGGCGCUCAAGUCGUCGUGCCUGGACGAGCAGAGGAGGGAGUUGGGCUGUCUUGAUGCCUACCGCCGGCAUGAUCUUUCCCUCAUGAGCCACGGCUCUCAGUAUGGCAUGCACCCAGACCAGAGACUGCUGCCCGGAUCGGGUUUAGGGCUGCCACCUCCAGGAGCAGAAGACUUGCAGGGCUCAGUGGAAGCCCAGUGUGGACUGGUACUGAACGGCCAAGGUGGGGUCAUUCGGAGAGGUGGAACUUGUGUGGUAAAUCCGACAGAUUUGUUCUGUUCAGUACCUGGAAGGCUGUCACUGCUGAGUUCCACGUCCAAGUAUAAAGUGACCAUUGCCGAGGUGAAGAGGCGGCUUUCCCCACCCGAAUGCCUCAACGCCUCCCUCCUGGGGGGUAUAUUGCGAAGAGCAAAAUCUAAAAAUGGAGGUCGCUGCUUAAGAGAGAAACUUGACCGGCUGGGCUUAAAUUUACCAGCAGGGAGAAGAAAAGCAGCAAAUGUUACCCUAUUGACGUCUCUGGUAGAAGGUGAAGCUCUUCACUUGGCGCGUGACUUUGGCUAUACCUGUGAAACGGAGUUUCCCACAAAAGCUGUCGGAGAACACCUAGCGAGGCAACACACGGAGCUUAAGGAGCAGACAGCUCGCAAAAAAAUGGUUUUAGCAACAAAGCAAAUUUGCAAAGAAUUUCAAGAUUUGCUAAGCCAGGAUAGAUCACCUCUUGGAUCUUCAAGACCAACACCAAUACUUGACCUAGACAUACAGAGACAUCUAACCCACUUCAGUCUAAUAACCCAUGGAUUUGGCACACCGGCCAUUUGUGCAGCUCUCAGUACAUUUCAAACUGUUUUAAGUGAAAUGCUGAACUACCUAGAGAAACACUCGACAAGCAAAAAUACCGGAACACCGGACUCCAGUCAGAUAAAUGCCAGCUCGGAAAAAAACGCCCUCCGCAAGACAUCAGAGUCACAGUCGAAAGACGGGAAACUUGAAAAGACAGAAUAACAAUAUUUGGAACAGAUUUUUAUUUUUAUUUGUGCGUUUUUGCUGCUGAUAAUGUAUAGCUAUGGGGACAUGGACCAAAUUCUGUUGGGGAGUGUCAGUUUUUGGGUAGGGGUAAAAAAGACAAAUUCAUGGGGCCCUCUUCCUUUGUAUAAUAGCUCACUGAAGGGGUUUGUGGCACAACUCAAGCAGGCGUGGAAACAGCAAUGAUAAUUUAAGCUUUUAAACUCUGCAACAUCAGGGGGCUCAAAAUAAGUAGAAAGUCAAAAUUCGAGGAAAUUGCAGGGAAAACCGUAAUAUCAGAGACUCAUCACAGUUGUGAGCUACCUUUAAUUCUGUGGUUCUGGUCUUCCUUUUUUUUUCACUAUUGCCUUUAAUGCUAAAUUCCCCACGUUAUAAGUACACAUGUGAGUAGUACAGACAAAACUGCAGAGCAAAAUAACAGCAACUGCAUCUUGCAGGCAACCAGUGAACCAAAGUGUUGUUUAUACAACGUGCAAGGGAUUGUGUGCAGCAGAACAGAAUACAUAUACGUGUAUUGUGUAUAACAGAAUUACGUAGAGAAAGGAAACAUUUGGGAUUCGCUGACAGUCGAUGCGAUUUUUAAGUUUUACUCUCCGUCACACUGAGACGACCGUCUUCUCUCGAGGCAGGAGGAG